AGCUAAUGCAACCGAGCACAGUUCAGAGAAAUGAAAAGGAAACUUCUAAUAUUUUUAUAGGAACACGGUGUCAUUUCCAUUUAAUAAACGAGUGGGGUAAUUGUUCUCAUUUUUAGGAUACCGACCAUCUCUGUAGUUUUAACAAACGGUGUAGGUUAGAGCUUUUGUGACACGUCUUUGUCUCCCUCACUGAAGUCGUUAUUAUUGAAUGGAGAAUGGAGGAAAGUCAUAGAAAGACUCUUCGGAGCAACAGGAGCACUCUUGUAAAAGAGUUGAACCCAUCAGACCUCUAUGACGGCCUUCUGGAAAAAGGUGUUUUCACACAGGACAUGAUCGAUGAGAUAAAGAAUGCUGGGACUAGACGUGACCAGGCCAGACAGUUAGUCCAGGACUUGGAGACUCGUGGGGGUCGGGCCUUUCCAUUAUUUCUAGAGUGCCUUCAGGAGACAGAUCAGCACAGUUUGGCAGAGCGUCUUCAGAGUGGAGCUCCAGCACUUCAACUACAACCUGCAAAACCAACUCGGUCUGUCCGUCCUGUUGUUCUGCCUCUCCCAACUUCCUCUCCUGUGGAUGCUGAUAAGCAAAGACAAAACGAUGUCCCUGUCCAUCCAUUACCGAGACCCAACCCUACUCCCAGUCCAUCACCUGAAAGGGAUUACGCAAGACCGAGGCCACCACCAAGACCUAGACGGGAUAGCAUUCAGAGCUAUAAAAUGGACGCCAGCCCAUGUGGACAUUGCCUCAUCAUAAACAACGUAGAGUUUGAACCCGCGAGCGAGCUGAGCAAUCGCAAAGGGUCAAACAUAGACUGUGACAAGCUGGAGAGAAGAUUCAAGGCACUUAACUUCAUUGUGGAAGUUAAGACAAACCUGAAACAAAGACAAAUCAAACAUCAACUGUCAGCUUUAUCGAAGAAAGACCAUUCACAGUAUGACUGCUGUGUGGUUAUCAUGCUGUCCCAUGGGACUGAGGUGAGUCACAACCGCUUCCCUGGUGCCGUGUACGGUGUGGAUGGACAGUUUGUUCCUGUUCAGCAUAUCACAAACUACCUAAACGGGCAGCACUGUCCAUCUCUACAGGGCAAACCCAAACUUUUCUUCAUUCAGGCCUGCGGAGGAGGUGAAAGAGACACAGGUUUUGAGGUGUCCCCAGAUGAGGUUAAACCAGCCAUCGGUGGAGCCGAUGAUCAGACAGACGCCAUUCCAAUGUCAUCUAGCAGCGACUCUCUCAGCAUGUCAGAUGAACCGGAUGCUAGAGCCUCACUGCCCACUCCGAGUGACAUUCUGGUGUCCUACUCUACUUUCCCCGGUUACGUUUCUUGGCGAGACACCCAGUCGGGCUCCUGGUACGUCGAAACACUGGACAGUAUCCUUGAGGAAAAUGCUGCUACCAAUGACUUGGUAACAAUGUUGAUGAUGGUUAACCAUGAAGUCUCCCAAAACUCUGCAAAAGGGCUCUACAAGCAAAUGCCGGGCUCCUUUAACUUCCUUCGCAAACUUCUCCACUUUCAAACCCAAGCGUAGCGAUCUGCAGAGUACAAAUGUGAAAAUUUUUGUUUCACUUUCAGGGAAUGAUAAUUUGUUUCACUGCCGUACGACAUGGCUGUAAUUUGUGGGGAUUGUGCCUCAGCAGAGUUGCUAAGUGUAUGAAAUAGCUAAAUUGUGGUUUUUCUUUCACAGACUAACAAUCAUGUCUUAGUGUACAUUUCUAUUACGUCUUACUGUGUGUUAACAUUUUUUCUAAAUUAACUUUUUGGGUAAAGGUAUCAUCUUGGAAAGAUAUUUAUGUACUGUGAAAUUGAGGUUUAGGUAAGGUAUUUUUUAAGUAUACUUUGUGUCUUGUCAUCACAGCAGCUGUCAAAUUUCAAGAACAGACAAUCAAUGUAAUGUUCAAUUUUUAUUCUGCAAGUUGACAUAAAAGACUCUUAUUUCAA